AAAAAUAAAAAAUGAAAUAAAUAAAUCAAUCAACCUCUGUGGGUGUUCCAAUCAUACUCAAAUUUUCCUCCCACCUACCCAUCCACCCACUCACUCCCAGACUCCCCCCAGUAGCUUGCCCUGCCUUUCUACCUGCUCCCUGGCUUGGCCAGGGAUGUAUAUAUGGGCUGCUUCCUCUCUCAGCCAGAGGAUGUGGGGGGCCCCAGCUGCCUGGGGCUGGGAAGCAGGCCAGGUUUAGCUGAGGUUGGCUGGUGAGCAGUGGGGCGGUGCCAGGGAGAACCUGUACAGUGCCAGGUGGUGCCUUGGGUUCCAGGCUGAGCCCAUGACCCUGAUAACCUUCUGCUUGUGCACAUACCUGCCCCUCACUCCACCCCAUCCCCUCUUUGCUAUCGGGGAGGGGGCACAGGCCAGAUAGACCCACAGGACUUUGGCUCCAUCUCUACAAAAGGGCUUUCUGUGAGUCAGCCUGUUCCCCUCCAGGCUUGCUCCUCCCCUGCCCAGCUCCUGUUUCCAAUGCACGUACAGCCCGUACACACCGUGUUCUGGGACACCCCAUAGUCAGCCGCAUGGCUCCCCAGUGUCCCAGCCCCUGGCUCCCUCUGUUGAUCCCAGCCCCUGCCCCGGGCCCCACUGUGCAUCUGCUGCUAUUACUGCUCCUCCUGGUGCCUGCCCAUCCCCAGAGCAUGUCCUGGAUGCAGGGAGCUCCCACCACAGGAGGAGAUUCAUCUGGGGAAGAUGAUCCACUGGAGGAGGACCUGCCCAGUGAAGAGGAUAUACCUGGAGAGGAGGACCAACCUGGAAUGAAGACUGAACCAGGAGAAGAGAAUUCUCUGAACUUAGAGGAUCUUCCUACUACUGAGGCUCCCAGGGAUACUCAAGGACCCCAGAAGAAUGUCCACAGAGAAAAAAAAGGGGAUGACCACAGUCAUUGGCGCUAUGGAGGCGCUCCGCCAUGGCCCCAGGUGUCCCCAGCCUGCGCAGGCCGCUUUCAAUCCCCGGUAGAUAUCCGCCCACAGCUCACCGCGUUUUGCCCCGCCCUGCGACCGCUGGAACUCCUUGGCUAUGAGCUCCCUCCGCAACCAGAACUGCGCCUGCGCAACAAUGGCCACACCGUGCAGCUGAGUCUGCCUCCCGGGCUGGAACUGUCCCUGGGUCCGGGGCAGGAGUACCGGGCCCUGCAGUUGCAUCUGCACUGGGGGUCUGCGGGGCGCCCGGGUUCGGAACAUACAGUUGGCGGUCACCGUUUCCCUGCUGAGAUCCAUGUGGUUCACCUCAGCACUGCAUUUGCCAAAAUUGACGAGGCCUUGGGGCGCCCGAGGGGCUUGGCCGUGUUGGCAGCCUUUCUGCAGGAAGGCCCAGAAGAAAACAGUGCCUAUGAACAGUUGCUGUCACAUUUGGGAGAAAUCGCCGACGAAGACUCAGAGACUUGGGUCCCAGGACUGGACGUAUCUGCACUGUUGCCCUCCGACCUCAGCCGCUACUUCCGAUAUGAGGGGUCUCUCACCACACCCCCCUGUGCCCAGGGCAUCGUCUGGACUGUGUUCAACGAGACAGUAAAGCUGAGUGCUAAGCAGCUCCACACGCUCUCAGACUCCCUGUGGGGACCUGACGACUCUCGGCUACAGCUGAACUUCCGAGCGACACAACCUUUGAAUGGGCGAAUAAUCGAGGCCUCCUUCUCCACUGAGGUGGACAGCAGCCCUAGGGCCGUUGAGCCAGUCCACCUGAAUUCCUGUCUCGCUGCGGGUGACAUCCUGGCCCUGGUUUUUGGCCUCCUCUUUGCUGUUACCAGUGUCGUCCUCCUUGUGCAAAUGAGAAGGCAGCAAAGGUAUUAUAUCCACCCUCUUCCUCAGGUACAGCCCCCACCAACCCAAGUGGAGUCCAGAACAGCUUCACGCAGAUUGCAUGUAAAUGAGCUCAUUCCUGGUGAGAUUUCUGAUUCGAUUUCCCUGUGUAGACACUCAAGUGGAACCAAAGGGGGUGUUAGCUACCACCCAGCAGAGGUCACCGAGACUGUUGCCUAGAGGCCUGCAACUUGGAGAGGGUGCAGAGAAGCCAGCCAGAAGAAUCUGAGGGGGAACUGGACACCCUAUCUUGCCUGUAACACCACUUUCUUUUUAACCUCCAAAGAUUUUUUUUAAAGUAAAUAUUUAUAAUAAAAUACGUGGAAGGCACCCUUGUUCCCCAAA